UCAGCUGUUUCGCAUGAUAAGAAAAGGUCAAGAGUCGCUAUUGUCGGUCUCUUACAAAAAGCGUGGACGUUUCGCUAUAUGAUCACAUCCCAAAACUCAUCACAAUGGACGUUAAAGAGUUUGAAGUAAACAAAACCCUUCCUUAUGACCCCUCCCUGCUCGCGGUCAACAUUUCGCUGCGACAGAUUGAGGAGAUUGCCAUGACGGUGUCUCAGCGCAGCCAAGUGAGUGGCGUGAAUGAAAUUGCCUGGGCCUUGAGGGCCCUGAUGCUGACGGAUCUAACUACUCUGGCUGGAGAUGAUACGGCUGCCAAUGUUCGCAGGCUGUGCCUGCGUGCCUGCUACCCCUUCGAGCCACAAUUCUUUGAUAAAUUCUUCGAGCGGGCUCUGCACUCUGAGAUUCACACUGCCGCCGUCUGUGUGUACCCUGCCAGGGUGAAGGAUGCGUACCAGGCACUGCAGCAGUUCGACAAACUGGAAAAGGUGGCCAUUGCAGCUGUAGCCACUGGCUUUCCCACUGGCCAGUACGGAUUGCAGACGCGCUUGCAAGAGAUUAGCCAUGCCAUUCUGGCUGGAGCAACCGAAAUUGAUAUCGUGAUCAACCGGCAGCUGGCUUUGGUCGGCGACUGGGAGGCCCUCUACAAUGAGGUGGUGCUGAUGCGCAGUGCCUGCGGCCAGCGCGCACACUUGAAGACCAUUCUGGCCAUUGGAGAACUCGGCACAAUGGAGAAUGUCUACAAAGCGGCCAUGGUAUGCAUGCUGGCUGGAGCGGACUUUAUCAAAACAUCCACAGGAAAGGAGGCGGUGAAUGCCACGCUCCCAGUUGGUUUGGUUAUGAUAUUCGCCAUACAGGAGUUUAAGCGUCGCACCUGCCAGAUUGUCGGUCUGAAGCCCGCUGGCGGAGUCCGCACUGUUCGUGAUGCCAUCGCCUGGAUGACGCUGGUGAACGAGACCCUCGGGAUGCGCUGGCUGCGUCCUGAACGUUUCCGUUUCGGUGCAUCUGGUCUGCUGGACGACAUUGAGAGGGUAGUGCGCGAAGGCGUGGCCAAGCUAGAGGCUGAAGAGGCCGACAAAUCCAAGCAAGGUGGACCGGGAGUGGAGCAAAAUGCCGUGGAAAGCCUGUGCAACGAUCUGCGCAAGAUAAAGGAGGAGAAGUAGACAAAACUUUGCUCUAGCCAUUCAUACUUCUCCCAUGGAGUUGAUACUGCAUUUAUAACUGCAUUUUUAUACCGUGACAAAAUUUAAAAAAAUGAACA